AUGGGAACAGGUAAGGAUCAACAGAAUUUUCUACUCUUUCUUUCUUCCCGUUAGUGUCCAAUAAAGCGAGAUACAUCCUUAUAGCAUUCUAGCUUAUGGCUACCUGCAAAAAUGACACCAUGUAGCAUGGGACAAAUGCAGCAUGAGUCUUCAAGUUUCCCAGUCUUUCUGACUUAUUCUUGUCUUCCCCAGAAUCCUCGAGGCAGUGUUGAGAGACUCUGCCAGAUCCUUGGAAAGGACCUGAAUAGUCAGCAGAUAGACUCUGUGCUGGAAAAUGCUUCUUUCCGGAAGAUGAAGGACAACAGCAUGUCCAACUUCACCCUUGUGCCAGAGGACCAUUUUGACCACAACACAGGGAAGUUCAUGAGAAAAGGGAUCUCUGGGGAUUGGAAGAACCACCUGACAGUGGCACAGAGUGAAUACUUUGACCGUGUUUAUCAGGAGAAAAUGCAGAAUGUGAACGUAACCUUCCAAUGGGACUGAAGAACCCCAGGCUCCUCUAUCUGCUGCUCGGUUUCCUAGUUCUGUAGGACCACAACCCUACAUGACUCAGGGUAGUGUCAUAGUUUUGCAUGCUGAGGAAGUGCCAUCACUUAGGUUGCCAUCACCUGGUAUGAAAACUCAUGGUGUCACAACUGCCCCAUUGAUCUCCCCCAUGUCACGUAAUCCUUAGUGAUGUUUUUUUAUACUAAUAUUAGUCAUAAAUCAGAAUUCCUACAGAUCGCUGAAUGCAAUGGUAAUAGUUGUGAUAUAAACAACUAGCAAAAUUAAAAGAUAUACCUUUGAGUUACAAUUCAUCUGUACAUAAUUUCAAGUGUUUAAGCAAAAAUUUGGUAAGAUGUGAUUUUGAAAGAAUAUGUAAAAAAUAAAACAUUUACAUUUUUUAAAA